AGUUCUUAGAGUGCAAACGUUACAAUAUUAAAAGAAUAAGGAGGAACUUUAUAACUAACCUUAUCAGAUAUUUUAAGUGAUAUUAUACUAAAACGGUCAUUUAUACCAAAAUAGAAACUUUCUACCAACUUUAUCUUGUAAUCCCUGCUAAUUCUUUGGCUUUAUUUUUUCUUUUAAAUACAUCGGCUUGAUUGACACAUAGUUUUAAAAUGGUGGAUCGAAUGAAGGAGAAAUACUAAACCUAUAAUACCUUCGGUUUUCAAUGACUAUAACAUUAAAUUACUAAAAACAAAAGUCAAAUUAUAGCAAAUUAGUAAAAAAAAAUUAGUAACAAACCGCACUUACAUUUUGUGUUUUUUUUUUUUUUUUUUUAAUAAAACAAACCGCAAUUACGUAUUAUUAUAGCAAAUUCAAACUAACCCAGAUAAAACACCGUGUAUCACAAUUAAAAAAAAAAAUUAAAAGUGUAUUUGUUGAUAAUUAAAGUCUUAAAGAUACAUGGCCAAUUAAAUAGAGAACUAAAAAUAAACUAGAUCAUUUGGGAUAAUAUAAUAUCAAAAGAGAUCUCAAUCUCAAGAAAUCCCCAGUACCAAAGAUGGUAGAACAUGAGAACAAAAAAUGAAAGAAGCAGAUUAUUACCAAUUACAAUAAUACUAUAAAUUACAAAAAUACCCAUCCAAAAUCACCUAUAAACCCUCCUAAACCCCAAACACAAACCACCAACCACACCAAACAACCAAAACCCAAAAAAAAAAAAUCUCCACGGUGAUGCUUGGAUUACUCUGCGCACGCCCGUUAAAGCCUUGGAACAUUUCCCCUCAAACCUUCUCCCUCCACCACCACCACCAUCAAUUUCAUUCUCAACCUACCAAUAAUGUCGCCGAUGGAGCCUCUUCGGUCUCCAUUUGGCGGAUAAAUGUUCCAGCUGCUGUUGCCAGUGGUGAUUGGCGGAGGGAUUACCUCCGCCCUGCAAUCCACCAACAACGAGGCGAGGGCUCGUGGAAUGUCGCUUGUGAUGCUAGACCUGCUCGUUGGCUUCAUCGCCUCGACCUCGCUUAUCUUCUCUAUGGAGUUUGUGUUUACCUUUCUUUCAACGAUGUUGUUGUGGAUGAGACGGAGACCAUUGGCAUUGUCAAUGAGACGGAGACCAUUGUUAGCGAACAGGGUUCUCCUGAUUUAUUGGAUUUUCGGGUUACGGGUGUACAAUCAGAUGGCCGAUGUUUGUUUAGAGCAAUAGCUCACGGAGCUUGCUUACAAAACGGAGAGGAAGUGCCUGAUGAAGACCGAAAGAGAGAGCUUGCUGAUGAUUUGAGGGCUCAGGUGGUCGAAGAGCUUUUAAAGAGGCGCAAAGAAAUGGAAGGGUUCAUUGAUGAAGACUUUGAUGUGUAUGUUGAGAGGAUUCAAAAACCUUAUGUUUGGGGCGGAGAACCAGAAGUACGAAUGGCAUCUCAUGUGCUCAAGAAGCUGAUAUCUGUCUUUAUGAAAGAUCAGAAGACAAACAAAUUGACAAACAUAGCAAAUUAUGGGGAUGAAUAUAAUGAUAAGUACCCUAUAAAUAUUUUGUUUCAUGGGUAUGGUCACUAUGAGCUCUUAGAGAAUUCUUAAGCCAAUUUUUCUAACAUGAUAAGAAAACUAUGACUAAAGAAUAUGAUUUUAAAAAUAAUCAAAGAAUAUCAUUGUUUAUAGCCAUUAUAGGUAAGGAUUUACAAUUUUUUUGAAGAAUAUGUUGGCGACAAAUGAAAUCUUUGAAAUAUACAUAAACCUUUCUUUGGUUAAUUAUUAUAGGUUAUUGACCGUUGGUUUCCUUUCUUGCCAUAGUUUUUGCCUUUAGACUUGUUGUUGUAGACUUGUAGUUGAUAAUGUAUGCUUUAUUCAAAUUGGCAAGAACUUCUUGUUCAUAUUAUAUAGUACUUAGUAUGUAGAAUUUGUUUACCAAUAAAUACUACU